AUUUAUUCAAUGGUGGGUGCUGGAGCCUUUCGUACAAGUGUUUGGGAUCCAACUUUAAUAGCUGGACAAAUUAUUUGCCUUCAAAGUGCUUUUUACAGUGCAGAAAGUACUUUAAUGUUUUUGUGGAGUUUUAGUGGAUAUAUACCUUCUUUGGCUGAGAUAUUUGCUGUCGAGCCAACAAAACCAAUGGUUUUUAUUCAAUUGAUUUCUUCUCUAUUUUGUGCUUUUAUGUUACUUGUAAUCGUUGGAAGAGCACGUCAAUGUCUGGACUUUUCAAUAACUCUACAUUUUCUUCAUUUCUUGGCUGUUUGUUUUUAUAAUAGAACAAUACCUUCAAAUUUGAGUUGGUGGUUACUUCAAAUAAUUAGUUGUACAAUUUAUACAACUCUUGGAGAAUGGCUUUGUGUAAGAAGAGAAUGUUUGGAAAUUCCUCUUUCUCAAUCAAAAUUAAAUAAUCAAAGAAAUUCAUUUAGUGAUUUGGCUACAUUAAUUGAAACUUGA